AUGAAAUAUUUCAAUCAUUGUGGUGUCUGCACGUGUCUAUGUCCGUGCCAGCUAGUAGAACACAGUGAGGAUGUCGCUCUGUUUGAGGACAUCAUCACCAUCAAAAAUGCAUACGAAUUUGGGAUGAAUCGCUUCGAGACUUCUCUCCGCCUCCUGGAUGAUGGGGGCACCGACGACAGCAAAAACACCUUCCACCAGGGCGGAACUCUACACGUCGUCUAUUCUACCUAUUCAUCCACUGUGAAGGGGACCAGAGCCAACAGCACACGCCAGAAUAGGGGCUAUCAACUCGGGUCGCCGGAACCCACAGAAGCCUGGGCCAUCGGA